UAAUAUCUCUCCACCCACUUCUCUUCUUCUCCAUUUAUUAACACACACACACACAUUUAUAUACAGACUUUACAUUUAUAUAUUUUAGGCCAGCUAUGGUAAUUCUUUAAAAUCUCAUUUCAUUUUCUUGAAAUGGUCCUUCUUUCCCUCUUAACUUUUUAAGAACCUGUCCUCCUUUCAGUUUCCAAUUUCUUCAUUUUCUCGUUCUUCGGAAACUGAGUGUGAUACUCCCUUGAAAGCUUUAAACGAUCAAUCAAUGGAAGAUAUUGUUCUUGCAUCCAAGAGAUGUCUUCUUCUAAUCUUCCUUGUGAUUGUAAGUCUAUUUCUAUGCCAGAAGGUUACAUAUGUCUCUGCCUUCAACUACACGAAAGCAUACAGACACGUCAGUAACUUAAGACUUGAGAGGAUUCAAAAUCACUUGAACAAGAUCAACAAGCCUCCUGUCUUCACCAUCCAGAGUCCAGAUGGUGAUGUAAUAGAUUGUGUACACAAAAGAAAGCAGCCAGCUUUGGAUCAUCCACUUUUAAAGCAUCACAAGAUUCAGAAAGCACCGAGGAGAAUGCCGAAGAUGAUGGGAAAAGAGAGAAGCGACGAUGUUAAAGAGGCAGCGAAUGUAUUGGAAAGUGCAUGGCAAAUGUGGCACGUGAACGGCACGAGAUGCCCUAAGGGAACUGUUCCCAUACGACGCAACAGAAUGAACGAUGUGCUCAGAGCCAAGUCUUUGUUUGACUUUGGCAAGAAGCGACGGAGUAUUGACCUUGAUCGACGGACAGAAAAGCCUGAUGCCCUUGGCACUAAUGGGCAUGAGCAUGCGAUCGCUUAUACGGAAUCAUCGUCGGAGAUAUAUGGAGCAAAAGCUACGAUAAACGUGUGGGACCCAAAGAUUGAAGAAGUGAAUGAGUUUAGUCUCUCUCAGAUUUGGAUUCUCUCGGGAUCUUUCGUCGGUCCUGAUCUCAAUAGCAUCGAAGCUGGCUGGCAGGUCAGUCCGGAGCUGUAUGGUGACAAUAGACCAAGAUUGUUCACUUAUUGGACGAGUGAUUCAUAUCAAGCAACUGGAUGCUACAAUCUUCUAUGCUCUGGAUUUAUCCAAACAAAUAACAAGAUUGCCAUUGGGGCAGCCAUUUCCCCUCUCUCUACUUUCAAAGGAAACCAGUUUGACAUCACCAUUCUCAUCUGGAAGGAUCCAAAAAUGGGUAAUUGGUGGAUGGGUUUAGGGGACAACACGCUGGUCGGGUAUUGGCCAGCAGAGCUAUUCACGCACUUAGCCGACCACGCAACCACCGUAGAGUGGGGAGGUGAGGUUGUGAACACACGUGCCUCAGGCCGGCACACGACGACCCAAAUGGGUUCAGGCCAUUUUCCGGACGAAGGGUUUGGAAAAGCGAGUUACUUCCGGAAUUUGGAGAUAGUUGAUUCCGACAACAGUCUCGUACCGGUGCGUGAUGUCAAGAUAUUAGCCGAGAACACCGAAUGUUACGACAUUAAGAGUUCGUAUAGUAAUGAGUGGGGUACUUAUUUUUACUAUGGUGGGCCCGGGUUGAAUCCUAGGUGUGAUUGAAAUUAAAAGUGUACAUAGUUUGGGGUUGGAGGGUUCGCAAAGGGUAAAAAGGGGGUCAAAUGUGUAAUUUUUUUCAAGUAUCGGUAGUGAAAAUUGAAUAUUGGCUUAUUGUUUUCCAUUCGUCGUUGUUGCAUAAACGUAGUAAUUUAUUGCAUUUAUA